AUGUCGCUAACCUCAAGCCAAGAAGAUAGCUUCCAUGGUUUCUCGGACGAUGGACAGAAUAUGCAGAGUGGUUUUCGAAAAUUAGCUAUGGCAAAGGAGGAACAAGACGAUUUGAAGCGUUGUCUAGCUAGGCUAGAACGAUUCGCGGAAAAUCCGACGCCAACGAGCAAAGAACAAGUCGAUGCUCGUUUGAAACGGCUCGAGCAGUGCUGGGACCAGUUUCAAAAGAUUUCAAAGGAAAUCAAUAGGUUGGAUGACAUGAAGAACAAGCGCUCAAACAAUGAACAAUUCGACGAUUUCGACGAGCGUGUGAUGGUGUUAACCGGGAAACUGAAAAGUAUGCGGUGUUGCGCAAAACAAGAAAGCGCUACCGAUUCCAAGAAACCAUCGAAAGAAACGAUCAAGCUUCCGAAGAUCGUGUUGCCAGAGUUCUUGGGAAAAUUUGAUCAGUGGUUGCAGUUCAGAGACAUGUUUGAACAAAUGAUACACGGAAAAGCGGGUUUGCUCGAGAAGCAACGAGCAACAUGCCAUCUGGUAACGAUCGAAGAUUCGUUGGACACCUUGACCCACUGCAUGGAACGUUUCUGGUCAAUCGAGGACGUGCUAGAAGGAGAUCCAUACUCACAGUUGGAAAAGGAUUGUGAGGAUCAUUUUGCGCAAAAUGUUUGCCGUGACGACGAAGGAAGGUAUGUAGUGAAAUUACCGUUUAACAUCGGUGAGAAGAAUCUUUUAGGAAAAUCGAAGGAAAAUGCAACCAAGAGAUUUCUUCAGCUGGAAAGGCGAUUCAACAGAAAUCCAUCGUUGGGACAUGACUAUGCUGCAGUGAUCGCCGAUUACGUUAAGAAAAGCUACCUGCAGAAGGUGGAAGUCAAUGAUGAUCAGCAGCAAUGUUAUUACCUUCCCCAUCACCCGGUGAUUAAGGUUUCGAGCAGUACGACAAAAAUACGACCAGUUUUUGAUGGAUCAUUGAAGACGUCAAAUAAUGUAUCGCUAAAUGACAUUCUAUUAAAGGGUCCAGUUAUAUAG